UCAUUUCAUUCAUUUCCCUGAUCUCGACGCGUACGGACGCGUGUGUCGCGCGUUGGUUGUUCAACAGGGCAGCCGCCAAACUACGUAUCGCUGAAAAUGUUAGUGGCGUCGAACGGAGACAAAGCGACAAAACAAUUCCUACGAAAGUGAUCUACGCGCGAAUCUUCGGCUAAUUUGAUCGUGUUAUUAAGGUUGUACCCGGGCCGGGCAGUAUCCAGGAAGCUGUGGAAGGUGUUUGUGUAUGUGUGCAAGUGUAUGUGUAUGUGUGUUUGGGAAUGGGGAGGUGGUAUAAGUGAUUGAUCUUCCACCGGGGGAGCAAGCACCAAGAUCAAAGAUUACAGAAGAAAAAUCGUUUCUUGAUGCUGCGUCGCUUCAGGAAAGAGGAGAGCUCUGGUGUCCCAUCCCGUUCGCCCACGGUUAGCAAGCGCGAGAGUGAAAGUGAUAGAAAGAGUCUUGCCCUGCUUCAAUAAGAAGGUGAUAUAGUACUGAGGGAGUGGAAAAAAUUGGUGCAAAAAAAUCUUGAAGAGUGUGUUCAAUAUUGGAAAGGCAAAAAAUAAGGCUUUCUAUUGGUUCUUGAAGAGCCUUGGUGAAGAUCCAACGUGUUUUUGUGUGCGUAAGUGCGUGUGCAUCGGUGUGUUAGGUUGACGAAAUUAUUCGUGGAAAAAAUCCGUGAAGCAAAAAGGUGCAAGUGUUUGUUCUGUGUGCUCUGUGUUUCCUAGCGAAGGGAACAUCCAGGAAAAUUCAGGGCAAAAAAAGAGGGGGCUAAUAUUCAAUGUUGUUCUGACACAUCAAACAACGGGUGCUGAUCAAACACAACCCUUCGGAAAAACACGAGCUCAGCGACGUAGUAACAAGCCUGUGUCUAGCUAUUUUGGAGAGCCCGGCGAAGCGAUUUAUUAGCAUCCAGAGUAAAGAUGCUGCGAAAGUUCAGCUUAGUUCCAUAACCAUAGACACACGCACUCUGUACCACAAUCUUCCACAAGAGGUCGACUAAUUGCGAACAUAAUGGAAUACGAGCACCAUCCGUCCGGGGCGAUCGGUGCACAUAAAAGAUGAGCAACGGCCGGCACGAUCUUUCGCUCGAGUGUAUAAAAAAGAGCAUGACGAUUCAACGAGCGGCGAUUCCAUAAAGCUCCCCCACCUGGAAGAGUUCCCCACCCUCUCCGUCUGCCCUUCUCCCGCAGUACCCGGAGUUUGGUAGCAGCAGUGCAGGAAGGAUAGGUUGGAAGUUCCUUCUUCGUUCCAAUAAAACGCUACUCCGCCCCCGCCAGGUGUGUCGACGGGAAGUCGUCCAUAACGACGGAGGCCUUAUAUCGGCAAUCAAUUCUGCAGACGGGCAGAAGACGACGAAAAAGAAGAAGAAGAUAUCAUCCCGGUGGAGACCUGUGUACCCUCCCGAACAUCAUGGCGCAAGAAGAACACGUGAUUGGUAGAAAAACAUCCCGCGGCCAUCCCCGAAGAACGAUGCUUACCCUCUCGAUAGGCAUUGCCGUUGUGAUGGUGAUGGUGGGCACGGUUGUCGUAUUCCCAGCGGAAGCCGCAGGACUCACAAACUGUCCACCCGGGUGCCAGUGUGACGAUGACAACCUGGUGGUGACCUGCGGCGAGGGACAGCUGGACGUGCUACCGAUCGUACUGAAUCCCUCCAUCCAACGACUAGUCAUCAAGAACAAUAAGAUCAAAACGAUCGAUUCGUCGAUGCAGUUCUACGCUGAUCUUACCUUCCUGGAUCUUAGCUACAACCAUCUGUUCAAUAUGCCACCACGCACCUUCGCUUACCAGCGCAAGCUUACCGAGCUCCAUCUGAACCACAACAAGGUGGGUUCGAUCACCAACAAAACGUUCGUCGGAUUGAUAGCCCUGACGGUGCUUAAUCUGCGUGGAAACUUCCUGGACGAGCUGCCGGAAGGAGUGUUCUCGGGAGUUCCUAAGCUCGAGGAGCUAAAUCUCGGUCAGAACCGAAUCGCCAAGAUAGACCCGAAAGCUUUCGUGGGGUUGAAUAACUUGCGCGUACUGUAUCUGGACGAUAACACAAUCAGCAGUGUGCCAUCGCCAGCGUUAGCUCCGCUGCGUGCUCUCGGUGAGCUGUACAUCGGCUUAAACUCGUUCGCUUCCAUCCCGAAGGAAGCGUUCGCCAUGCUGCCGGGUCUUAGCCGACUCGACCUGGACGGUGCUGCCUUGCUGAACGUUACACGCGACAGUUUCCGCGGAUUGGAGCGUCUGCGUGCGCUCGACCUCUCCGACAAUCGACUGAGUCGCAUCCCGACGGCGGAGCUGGCAGUUCUCGAGCGACUGGAGGAACUAGCGCUUGGGCAGAAUGAUUUUGAAAGUAUACCGGCAAACGCAUUCGCCGGCCUGAGCAAUCUCCGGCUAUUGGACAUAUCAGGAUCGUUGAAGUUGACCCGAAUUGAGAGUGGAGCAUUUGCACAGAACACAAACCUUGAGGAGAUUGUUAUUGCGUCUAAUAAGGCGCUGACAGAUAUUCAGGAGGGAGCUCUGAGUGGGUUACCACAUCUGCGGCGCAUCGUACUGAAGGAUAAUGCGCUAUCGACGCUUACCGAUGGGAUGCUGUCAUGGAACGAGCUGGUCGAGCUGGAUCUCUCAGAGAACCCACUGCUCUGUGACUGUCAGAUACUGUGGCUACGGAAUCUACUCGUGAGCAGAAGCAAUGUGACGGCAGCGGGUCAUUCUACAACCCAACAGAUUCCGGUCGUCUGUGCCGCUCCGGAUCGGUUACGUGAUCAAGUUCUUCAGAGUCUCUCGCCGGAACUGCUCGGCUGCACCCAUCCUGACCGUCAACAGCAAGCCAUCAUCUGUGUGGUGUUGGUCAGUGCGGCCGCUAUUCUCACCGCACUCGCGCUCGUCAUCUACAAGUGUCGCCGACGGAUCCAGGAGGUAGUGAAGGGUAGCUGGGGUAGCAAUGGCAUCGGACGGAAGGAGCGCGAGUAUCAGAAGACGUUUUCCGAGGAGGACUACUCCGCGCGCCAUCCCCAUCCAGGGCCACCGGGCGGUGGGCUUGCCAUUCAUCCGACCACGCUGAACAACUACCAAAUCAACAACCACCAUCACCACUCGCAUGGCAUCCGGCACAUUCCGGUCACGGAACUAUAGCUAGAGGCUCCCCCUCCGCCACCUCGGAGGGGAGGUCCACCAGCAGGUAAUGGUGGCGUCUUUGUUGGCGGUCAGCAGACGUCCGCCACCAGCUUCCUUCAGCUCAGCCAGGAUCAUCUUACCGCCGCCGCUGGUCAGCCAUCACAGCAGCAUACUGCCAUCCAGCCGGGCAUGAAACUGUUCCCCAACUACACACCACCGAUUCCACCGCACCACCACAACGGCAACAACGGUCUGGCGGAUGGGAACGGGCCGGCCAACCAUCACUACCACCAGAUAACCUACCAGACGCAAACACUCGCACCGUUGCGGCUCAAUCAGGAGCACUUCCUGCCGCACGGUGCCAACAAAACGAACACGGUCAGUGCGUCCGCAGUCAAUCAGCCGCGGUCUCUGCACUCCAAAUAUCAAACCCACCAUCACCAUGUGCACCAGCACCACCAUCAGCACAGCCCGGGCGCGGCCUAUUCGAUGCAGCCGGUCGGUGGAAACGUGUCGCCCGGGCCGCACAGCUACUCGCCCGACGCACAGCUGCAUCAUCAUCAUCACCAUCAUCAUCCGCACCAGCAGCAGCCGCCGCCGCCCCAUCAUCAUCUCCAGCAUCGCGACGAUAUGUCCGACCGGGAGGAUGAUGAAGAUGACACGCUGGAUGUGAACGAUGGGGAGGAGUGUGGCAGUGGUCAGAGUGAGGCCACCUCCCCGCCACAAAGUCCCCUGUCGCCCGUCCCACCUGAGCUGCCCAUCCGGAACGGGCUGUUGGUGGCGGCCAGCACGCUGAACCACAUCAACAACAACAACAGCAGCAGUAGCAGCUGCAACGGCCCCAUGAUGAUGGUGGGUACAGAUCGCAUCAGGACACCGCCAUCACCGCCCGCCACACCACCACCCCCGUCCUCCGCCAUCAGCACCGGUGCCACGCUCGGUAAUGGCCGCAAGACCCUGUCGGUGGCACGGCACUAUCACUAGGUUUUAAGCACAAGGAGAGAAGAUAUUAGACGUGGGCGAUAGACUGGACUUACUUCUUGACAUUCGUAGUUGGGGUGUUGUGAUGGACGGGGUCGUUUCUUUUUUCGCUUUCGUUUUUGGCGUGCUGUACAGUAGAUAGACUUAGUGCUAAUUUGAAUUUGAAGAUUGCGGUACCGAGUGAGGCGAACCAAACACAACUCAAGCGGCUAGGAGCGGGUUUGGGAAUGCGUUAGGUUUAUUCCUAGUCACAGGACCGGGGACACAGUUUGUCACACGGUUCAUCAUGGUAUUGGUAUGAUACUUUUCACUAUCGGCUCUCCUCUGUGUGGUGGUUGAAAUGAGUUGCUGAAAGGAUUGGGCGCACGUGUCUCAUUGCUUAGGGAUUAUUCUUCUACUUAGCGACUGAUGCAGUUAAUCGCUUAAUGUUGCGCCGUUUUUAACGUUUUAACACAUUUUUUCUAGGAUUAAUCAAAAUCGAGAAUGAAGUAUCUGUUCCUUUCUUUGCUUAAAAUCUAAAAGUUUAAAGCUUUCCUUCAACUUAGAUUUAAAUUCUUAUUUCAACUGUGAGUUUAAACUUAAAUUUAAAUUUGUCAGUACAACUUCAUUAUCGGCUUAUGUUAUCAUCAACUUUAUUAAUAGACUUAUCAUUCCCACAAUUAACAGAAAAUUUAUUGAUUAUACUGGCAGCUUCAUUACCCUCUUUUUUAAUAGUUGGUGCCUCUUUUCUCUCCUUUAUUCUCUAUUUUUUGUACCUCUUUUCUUUGUUUAUUUUAUUUCUGAUGUUUAAAUUAUAUUUUACAAAUUUUGCCACCUUUUUGAUUGUUGAUAUCCUAGUUUCCGAAAAAAUUUUUGGUAAUAAUUUUAUUUUUAUUUUAUCGUGAUGAAUUUUCCAACUGUUGUUUGCUUGUUUUUGUAUCAAAACUUAAUUUCUUUUCCUAUGACACUUAUUUGAAGUAUUGAUUUCUUAUCGUUUACUACAUUUUCUUAUAAAUUCUUGUAUCUUGCCUAAGUUUUCUCAUACCUUAAGACUCUUUAUAUAUUAUUCACUUCAAAUUUACCAUGGCUAGCAUCUUCUUUAAGAUAAGAGCAAUGAGACAGCCAUGUGUGCGCUGCCUUCCAUCACCUCAAAACAAGCCUAAUCGAAAUUUGCCGCCUUCUAAAAAACCCCCUUAAUGUACAACAAUCUUUGUCCUGUUUCCUGUCCACGAGCGCCCGUGUAUAUCCUGUUUCCUGUGUAGCAAAUCGUAUCGAAUUAAUGCCGUUCGACGCACACUCUCACACACGCGCAUAUGGUGGGCAAAAACACCGGUGAAAAGCGAGGUUUCCACCUGGAAACGAAUGAUUGCGAACGUUUAGAUACUGUGUGUGUGUUUCGCGAAAUGAGGCUUCGGCACUGUGCGGACACACGACGUCCGGACGUCGUCAAUGUUUUCUGUCUCUGCCAGCCAACCGUUUUCCGGAGGAACGCAAAAGCGUAGAACAGGCAAAUGGUAAUGGCACGAGGUCGGUCGACAGGAAAUGUUGUUUAAUUAAAUUAAUGGCCGGAAUAAUGUCGGUGACAUCCGGUUUUCGUUCGGGUGCGUUCGCUCGCGGCUGCGGAAGAAAGGGAUUUAGAGCGUCAGAAGGACGGUUGGUUGGUUGGUUGUGACCGCGGGAAGUGUUUAUUGAUUUAGUUGAUGAACACAACUGUACCACACUUUUGCUACUAAUGGGGGAGAUGGGGGAUUUUUCCCUCCCUCCUUUCAUUUUUGCCUCCUUACUGCGGUUGCCACGCAUUGGAGUGAAAGAUGUUCCUCAUAAGUCUAAUUUUGUAAGGGAAAAGCGGCUCCACAAACUACCCGGUUGUUUGAGGGGGAAAAAUGCGAAAAUUAGGCUGCCUCAGGGCUUCCAGCUGCUUCUAGGAAAACUUCCCAGACCCAGUGCUACUCCAACCACACCCGAUCCUUUCAAUAGCCGUUCUUUCCCGGGAAUCAAAGAUAGAGGAAAAAGAGCAUCAAAAACUGAGCCUUUUUCGUCACUUCGCAAUCAAUGAUUCCGUCGACAAAAUGAUUGAAGGCGUGAUGAGGCGUCGUCGUCGUACAGCAGAAUGACCCAAGAGGCUGUUUGACAUUUAUUGGCGCAAAAGGAAACAUCCUUCGCUCCUAUUUUUAUAGCUCGUUUGGUUAGCCAUUAGCUCGAACCAUAAUUGUAAUUAAACAAACCACUAAGAAAACAUUCUUCCAUUUUUGUGGGGGGAAAUCGGCCUUUGCUUCCAUCGAGUAUUUAGUGAGGAAUUUUGUUAUCUUUCCUUACGGUUAAAUUGUUAACUUCAAAGACAUGUCUGUCCCAUAUAAUGAGAUACAAUAUUUACUUUCUUCUGGAUGGGUCAAAAUCAAUAUCAUUUUCUGUAUAUUUUCUUUACCGUCUCUUUAGAUCUCUUUCAAAAGAGCACAAACAUUCAAAUGAGUUGGCCGUAUUUUAGUUUUUUGCUUCUUUCUACGAAGACACGAGACACAUUUGCUAAUGUGCUGCUUCAAGAAGGAAUCGUCCCCCCUAGUCGAAAGCUUCCCCUUUUUCUUAUUGAUGAUGGCUUGCCCGGGUGAAAGGAAACUGCUGCUGCGGAAUGAUGUUUUGGGGCGUGAAAUCGUUGCCUUUCGCCAUCUUUUGACCCUACCGAGCGACCUAUAGCGAUCAGCGGCACUCAUCAAUCGCGCUGCGGAAAGUAGGGCUCACGAUCUGACCCUGACCGAUGACGGUGUGGUAGCACGCUGACGAUGGCCGGGUGCCAUGCGCUACAGCAAUUAGCCGCCCGGGAGUAGUCCGGGGCGAAUGAGGCUACAAAUUGGCGCAGCCAGCCAGCCGUUGGGGAGAGUUAUCUUGCAAGCCUCUCCUUCAGGGAGCAAACCGAUCGAUUACGAACCUCCGCGGCGGUGUCAUGUGCCGGAUAUAGUUUGCUGCUGCUGCUGCUGCCACCAUCCAAACCAUUAUAGGUCAUUGUUGAAGUUCCCGCGAGGGUUUUUCUUGUGCGCUUGUUCGUGGAAAUCGACAACUCGUGUGUUUGUGCCAGUACUUUUAAUAGAACCAUCAAUCAUACUCACACAACAGCAGCAGCAGCCGAGUCGCCUAACUCCACCGGGAGAGGAGUCACAUAAUAAAGCGUCCCGAAUGAAUGAUGCUGCUGCUCUAGAUUCUUCAACACCAAAUAGCGACCAGGGAAAAGCUUCGCCAGUCCUGUAUCUACAACUUCGAAAUUUCGUAAUUGAUUGCGAAUGUGAAAUGAAUGUGCUUUUGGUGAAUGAAUUUCACGCCUAAUCAGCUCCAACUCUCGCCGGAGAGUAGUAGUCAUCGCGAAAGCGAGCUCUGAAGUCUGGUGGAGAUAUAGAGCCAACGAGACAUUUGGUGGGAUUUUAAUUUUCCUGAGAGGCUACCAUCACUGUAAUUAAUGCCGGUUUUAGAAACCUCCCAAAACGCAAAUCAGAAUCCUUAACUACACCACACAUUUCGAAAAUUGCAUGAUAUUUUCGAGCUGAAGCUGAGAGAGCUCAAUACAGUCCGCUUUUACCGAUGGGGGAGCCUUCAUUUUGGGAGUGUCUAAUUAGCCAGAGCUGUCUAAUUAAUUCGCCUGAUGAAGAGAGAAGACAUCUUGGUUACAGUGUUUCCUUCUAAAUCUUAAUCCCUGCUUAGUAAGCUGGGACUACCAGCAUCACCAAUGCCGUAAGGAUAUCCUGAGCUCCGAAUCUCUGUCCCCUAUUGUGGGCCUUCCAAACAGAGAGGUUUUUAUCCCACUGCUUUCGUGGUUAAGUUUGCAGUUAACCGCAGGCUACAAUCUGGCAAUCGAUGCCUUGUAAACCGGAAUGCAAAACUCUGGAGCGAAGAAGCGGACAGUUUUCUUACUUCCACAUCAAAGCGAAAUUUUCAGCCGACAGCCCCCGGGUUCUCAAGAAUUCUUGCAGGCAUGGACGCAGCUUAAAGGAGAAAAAAAGGGUGAAAAUAAUUAAACCAUUUAAAGUUUAAAUUGAAUCGCCUUAGGUAGGGAGGUUGCAUUUUAUAGCCAACUAUUCCCGGUUGCCCCAUCCAGGAAAGGCUUCAGGAAUCCUCGGAGGGUCUUUGUGAGAAAGGUGAAAAAAACGCUAAGUGUAACGCAUAAUGACACUUAACAGUCACGUCGUCGUCGUCGCCGUCAUUCUACCUGGUGAUGGCCCGCUUCUUUACCCCUUCUUAGGACAAAUAUGGGAAUGGGGAGCGGGAGUCCAGUCGCGGGAUGCAUCAAUUUGAAUUCUGGCCCGCAAGGGAAAUUAUAAUUAUGUCAUAAAACCGGCACUACAACAGUGGAGACUCCCGCAAAGGGUCAACCAGUUCCGAAACGGAAAGCGUCGUAAGAUCGUAAAGCAAACUGUUGUUGCGUAGGGGAGCAAAUGAAGAUGAUAGUUAAAAGAAUAACAUAAUCGAGGUGAAAAUGAAAAAUGGCAUUCGAAACAAAAAGGAAGAAAAUCACCCCCGUUCCUGUUCCCCCGAACAUCUAACCUUGGCCGCCAAAAUGCAAUCAUAAUGAGUGUGUAACGAGAGUGUGUGUAAGGGAGAUGGAGAUGUAAUUAAAUUAAAUUAUAUUUGAACCGACCACGCGACUCGCUGUAUAUCUUCAGCCGAUGGAAACGACAACACCACCCCCAGAGAAGAACCGGACAGCUUGCAGGCAGGCAGGAAGUGAGAUUUUGUGUAAGGGAGGCCUAAAAAAUUGAAUUUAAAACGAAACAAAAUUACCCAACUUUUUGUCCGGGCCGCUCCGGGAAACUCCCCGCUCACGGAAUGAUCACGGUUGAUGAUGAUGAUGAGGAAGUGUAGAGCAGCGUUGGCUGGAUGGUGGUCAUAAAAGUAAGCAUAGAUUAGACCGCGGGGUGAGAAUAAAUGUUCAAGAAGAGGCAAUAAAAUAAUGGUCCAUCGAGCGGGAGUUGUGCGAAAGGUCUAAAUGUGAACGUGGUGAACAGAGAGCCCCCACAGAAAACAACAAUGAUGGUGGUAAUAAAGUGAAAAUUGAAUGAUAAUAUACAAAACAACCCCCUCGGACGCGAACGAACCUAGUAGAGGUAGUAGUGGUAGUGGUGAGGAGGAAGAACAGUAAGACAAACUUCAACUUAAAAAGCAAUAUUUCUUCUACAGAAAACAAAAACGAAAGCACACUGAAUAUUAUUAUCUACUCGUUGUUGAGGCGGUUGAGCAAUUGUAGAAAGAGUGGGGAAAAACGUUAGCACCCUUAAAACGAAAAUUACUACAAUUUCACACUCAUUUCUCAACUCUCUUUCGCUAAAGUGAUAAAACAAAGCUGAUACUGUUACUAUCAAACACGAAAGCAAACACCUGCAAUCUAGUGAAAUGGAUUUGUGUACUGUGUUCUAAAGGGAAGUGCGUGGAUAAGAUAAGGCACCCAAACACCCGAACCCGAUUAAAUGUGUAAAAAGAAGAGGGGAAAGCCCUCGUGCGAGAGAGAGAGAGAACAAAAAAACCUGGAAACACGAGGGGGGUAUUUUAAUCUAUAAAGAAGAAGAAGCAACUCGUAAAACAUGCCACAAACCAGUCAUAAGAAAAUAUGAAACUGAUUCAACAAAAUCGGGAAGAAAAUGUAGUGCGUGUAAAUAGAUAGCAAACACAAGCAAAGUAAAAGAGAGAAAAAAGGAGAAGGGAGAAAAUAGUUAAUGAAAACACUAGAAAUCGAGAAAAACGGAAGAUAAAACAACAGAAGAAAACAAAAAAUCACAACAAAUUGAUGUUAAAACGUGUGUACAUAGCGAUAUUAGCGUUUAAAAAUUCACUUACAGCCGUUCACUAAGUCUGUGUGUGUGUGUGUGUUUUUCGAGUACAGUGAGAUGAUAAUGAAGUAGCCGGUGGGAAUUGUUUAACAAAGCAAAAGAGGAAUUAAAAAGUCUUAGAACUAAUAUCAUGAGAGAAGAAAAACGAUUCCUAGCGAAGUGGAAGUGGAAGUAUCAAACCGAAAUCAAUCGUGAGAGAAGGCCGUGUGGUAUGUUGUUAUCAAUUUUAAAGUAAAGAAAGCAAAGAAAAACAAAAGGAGUAAAAAAUAUGAAAAACAAAUACCUAUACCAUAGUUAGUGAAAAAAAAGAAAACCGGAAGAAGAAGGAGCAAAUGAUCGUGUAUAAAAAGAAAGUAAGGGGUUUAAAUGCGGAAAACUAAUUGAUUUAAAAUAUAAGUGUGAAGAAAAGCGUAUUACAAGCUGAAAGUCUUGAGAAGAAAAUAGAAAAAAGCGUAAAACUUUUGCAAAACAUGAAAACAAAUUUGCUGGAUAGAAUAGGGAAAGAAAAACAACAAAACAAAACAAAAUCAAACCAAACCUUAUCGUGAUUUUGUUUUUUCGUUAACACACACUUCAAACGGAAGUGAUUAUGGACUUGAUGUACGGAACUCGCAAAAACCCCCGAUUCAAUGUUGUACAUAUUGAUUAGCAGCAAACUUCUUUACAGCAGCAACGCUAACCCCCGUCAAGUCCAGAGCCGUGCCACGUACGGGAUUUAGUGGGUUUAGGAAUUACAUAUAG